AUGCCCUACAACAUCGCAAUGAUCAGCGAUUUCUUCUUCCCGCAGCCAGGCGGUGUUGAGAGUCACAUAUACCAAUUAUCCACUGUCCGUCAUAUCCAUUACGGACGUACUGCAACGAGGCUGAUCUCUGGAAAGAAACUUAUUGAUAGAGGACACAAAGUCAUUGUUGUCACGCAUGCAUAUCAAGGACGAACAGGAGUUCACUACCUAACCAAUGGCCUCAAAGUCUACCACGUUCCCUUCCUCGUUAUCUACCGGGAGUCGACUUUCCCCACAGUCUUCUCAUUCUUUCCAAUAUUCCGAAACAUCAUAAUACGAGAACAAAUCGAGAUUGUGCAUGGCCAUGCCAGUUUGAGCAGCUUCUGUCAUGAGGCCAUUUUCCACGCUCGAACCAUGGGACUGCGGACGGUUUUUACAGAUCACUCUCUUUUUGGUUUCGCAGACGCGGGCUCCAUUCUGACCAAUAAAUUGCUAAAAUUCACCCUGAGCGAUGUUGACCAUGUCAUUUGUGUGAGCCACACUUGUAAGGAAAACACGGUGCUAAGAGCGUCUCUGGACCCCCUGAUGGUCUCCGUGAUUCCAAAUGCAGUAGUGGCGGAGAAUUUUCAACCAUUGGCCUACACUCCGCGCUCACAGGAUCCGGAUCACAUGGCCGUCAAAUCGAUGUCUCGGCGUCUUGGUCCUGGUGAUACGAUUACCAUUGUUGUCAUAUCUCGUCUCUUUUACAACAAAGGCACGGAUCUGCUCAUUGCUGCUAUACCGAGGAUUUUGGCAUCCCAUCCCAACGUUCGCUUCAUCAUCGCCGGGUCAGGGCCAAAGGCAAUUGACCUUGAGCAGAUGCUGGAACGCCGUGUUCUGCAAGACCGUGUCGAGCUACUGGGUCCAGUUCGGCAUGAAGAAGUACGCAAUGUGAUGACAAGGGGACAUAUAUACCUACAUCCCAGUCUGACAGAGGCGUUUGGUACAGUGAUAGUGGAGGCUGCAAGCUGCGGACUGUACGUCGUCUGUACUCAGGUUGGUGGCAUACCAGAGGUUCUCCCACGACACAUGACCACUUUUGCGAAACCCGAAGAAGAUGAUCUUGUACAGGCUACAGGUAGAGCUAUUGCUGCUCUUCGUUCAGGCAAAGUCAGAACAGAAAGGUUUCAUGAUCAAGUUAAGAUGAUGUAUUCAUGGACAGACGUGGCCCGACGAACGGAAAGAGUUUAUGACGGCAUUACAGGCGCCAUUAGCGAGGACGAGUUUUAUGGCCAUUAUCCUGGUAGUACUUGGAGUGCAACAAGAGGCAGAGCUGGGGUGCAAAGUUAUGCUCUGAUUGAUAGACUGAAGAGAUACUAUGGCUGUGGUGUAUGGGCGGGGAAAUUGUUUUGCUUAUGCGCGAUCAUCGAUUUUCUAUUCUCCCUCUUCCUCGAAGUGUGGGCACCACGAGCUAACAUUGACAUUGCACGCAACUGGCCACGGAAGCCGUUCAUCAAUGACAAGAACAAGCCUGUUGGAAAUGGGGUCUAUUGGCGAAGAGCAUAUAAUGAUAGAAUGGAUCGACGAAACGGCAGUAUACGGUAA